AUGUUUGCCAGGCCUACCUCCCGCUCAGUUGUUGCCUCCAUCUAUAAAUCACUGUUGUCACCGAAUCCAACACCGGCAGUUCGUUUGUCACCCCACUUUCUCACCAGAUCGUUCUCUCUCCAUACAUCCAACAUGGCUCAAGAGUGGAAACUCAAGGACCUACCGAAGAUAGACCUUAAAGACCUUGACAAAGUCGAGGUUGAAGUCGAAGGCAUUGAAGGAGGAAAAGUCCUGCUCGUCAAAGUGGGCGAUCAGAUUUCGGCUCUCAACGCCAACUGUACACAUUACGGUGCUCCCUUGAAGAACGGUGUACUGACGCCCGAAGGACGUUUAACAUGUCCAUGGCACGGAGCAUGCUUCAACACCAAGACCGGCGACGUGGAAGACUCUCCUGCACCUCUUGCCCUGAACAAGUUUAAUGUCAUUGAGAAAGAUGGAGGAGUCUAUAUUACAGGAAAAGAAGCAGACAUCAAGGGCGGCAAACGGCAAGUCAACGUCAAGACCACGCCUAGCACGGACGAGAAAGUGGUCAUUGUGGGAGGGGGCUCAGGCACAUUCGGUGCAAUCCUAAAACUUCGCGAACUCGGUUUCCAAGGACAUGUCACCGUCAUCACUGGCGAAGGUCUUCCCAUCGACCGGACGAAACUGUCUAAAGCCCUCAUAACCGACGCCUCGAAAAUCUACCUUCAACCUGAACAAUUUUACAAGGAUGGUUCAAUCGAAUUCUACCCAGACACAGUCACAGGUGUGGACUUCGACUCCAAAGAAGUCAAGACGAAGACUGGCAAAGCCUUCCCAUAUACUAAGCUCAUCCUCGCCACUGGCGGUACCCCACGAAACUUGCCGCUCCCCGGGUUCCAGGAUUUGUCGAACAUCUUCCUCUUGCGGCAGAUCAGCGACACGCAAGCCAUCAUGGACGCUGUCGGUGAUGGGAACAAGAAGAUCGUCAUUAUUGGCUCGAGCUUCAUCGGUAUGGAGGUGGCCAACGCUCUAGCCAAGAACAACUCAGUCAGCAUUGUGGGUAUGGAGUCUGCUCCCAUGGAGCGUGUCAUGGGCGCAGAGGUCGGCAAGAUCUUUCAGAAGAAUCUCGAGAAGAACGGCGGCAAAUUCUACAUGAAAGCCAGUGUCGAUUCGGCUGUGCCAGCUUCAAAACUCGCCAAUGCUGUCGGCCUCAGCUCCGUCAGGGCAGUGAAGCUGAAGGAUGGCACCGAACUGGAGGCGGAUCUCGUCAUCCUUGGAAUUGGCGUCAAGCCUGCAACAGAGUACUUGGAGAACAACCCCAAAAUAAAGCUAGAGAAGGACAGUAGUGUAUCUGUGGACGAGAAUUUCGCGGUCAAAGGUCUCACAGACGUCUAUGCGAUUGGCGAUAUCGCGACCUAUCCGUACAAUGGACCUGGAGGUAACCACACGCCUGUGCGCAUCGAGCACUGGAACGUUGCGCAGAACAUGGGACGGACAGUGGGCCAACUCAUCGCUCAACCAGGCAGCAAGCCUAAGCCUUUCAUCCCGAUCUUCUGGUCAGCGUUGGGUGGCCAAUUGAGAUACUGUGGGGCAACGCCAAAUGGAUGGGAUGAUCUUGUGCUCAAGGGCGAACCGGAGAAUAGCAAGUUUGCUGCAUACUAUUGCAAAGAUGACACGGUCGUGGCUGUGGCCAGUAUGAUGAUGGAUCCGAUCAUGACCAAGUGCGCGGAGUUGAUGAGGCACGGUAAGAUGCUGUCGAAGAAGGACAUUCAAAGCGGACAGGAUGUCUUACAGGCAAGCCUGUGA